AUGGACACGGGACUACCGCGUCCAAUUGCUCCCAUGGCUCUGAGCCCGAGCAAUGAGCUCCACAGGGUUGAGAUGGCUCGCAAGGCCCUGCAGAAGGACCAGACCCUCACCAAUCGCCAAUCCAAUGCCAUGAACAAAGCCAUCGAGCUUCUCAGCGAAUCCAAGAAAGGCGGACGGAAUGGUCGAUACCACUCGCGCGACCUUCUCCUCGAUAUCUACCAUCGCUUUGGUAUCGAUGUGCUCCUCUUAUGUAGUGCCUCGCUAUCCAUCACGAAGCUGGGCGAGAUGAAAAGAAACGCCACCCAAUUCUUCUGCGAGCUAGGAGCGUGGAAGAUGUCCGCUGAGAUUACCCCAGAGGUUCAUGAUCUGGCCAUGAAGCUGUUGGCCCCGGUGCUGUCAGAGAUUACGGCCAAGAAAACAAACGAGACUGAAGCCUUAGAAUCUGACUCUACUCGCAAUGAUGGGAAAGGCAAACGGAAGCUGGUCGUCAAGAAGAAGCCGACACCCGCCAAACGUAGGAGAGUUGGUUUGAGUGAAGAGCCCGUGGACAACACCCCAGGCCCCGGCGGAUGGAGAGUUCAACAUCCCACACCCAAUGAGCAGAGUGUAGAUGCAAACAGCUACGCUAGGACCGAAUGCGAUGAAUCGGUGAAGGAGGAGUCCCAGACGCCCCCUGCCUCGCACUCCACCAUCACAGUUGCUCGUACCUCAGAGGAUGGUGAGUUCAGCCUAACCAUACAUGGAGCUUCAAUGCUAAUAGAGAAUGGAAUAGUUCCGCUGUAUGCGACCGUGGUGAAGCUGAAGACUAUGGAUAUCUUAACGGCGAUCGUUCUCCAGGGGGGCCCCGAUGGCUACUUGACCAUUCCAGAUAACGAAGGGUUAACGAAGCCUUUCAUCACAAUCCAGUGCCCAAUGCCACUGGCUCUCGGCUUUAAGGCCAACAAAGAGCCCAUGAAAUGGUCUUGA